AUGGGUACCGAAAUAGCAAUCAAAGCCCCUAAUGGGGUAACGAAAGCUGAGCCGGCUCGUCAAGUCCCUGCUGGGACAGAUGCCGAGGCCAAUGCAAAGCUUGCGGCAACAUGGAAGAGGAUGCAAGAUCGGGUGCAAGAGCUCGCAAAACUAUCUCAUGGUCCAGGUUAUGAUCCAAAUCUGCAACACGGCGAUGUGAUGGCCAAUUUGGACGCCAUCCAGAACCCCAAGAAGAAAUCUUUUAUCUCGCCAGGUGUCAAAGAAGCCUUCAAUAAUACCCUCACUGCCGUCUCAAAGGUUGGAGGUAUGAUCGCAGAUGCUGCGUCCCAGGUCUUCGCCCCAGCUGGACAAUGUUACAAUGCUUUGAACUUUGUCAUCAGUGCCUGGCAAGGCUAUCAAGAAGUAUUCGGUGAACUAAGCGCACUGUUCGCAGAAUGUGGGCAAUUCCUGGAUCGACUACAUCAUUAUGUCGCUGGAAAGAUGAACGCCUCUUUAACCGCAACUGCCUGCGAAGUCCUAGACGUCUUCGUAGAGAUCUGCGACAAGGCCAUGAAGAUUCGGCAUUCCGGUCGCUUCAAGUUCAAGACAUUCAUGAAAAUUGCGUUCUUUUCUAAAGAUGAAUUUCUAGAAUUAAUCAAUACAAUGAACGGUCUUACCAAAAAAGAGUCAUUGCUCGUCGCGGCGCAGACAUACGAAAAGGCGUCAAAAGCUGCCGAGUAUUCGAAAAAUACCAUGGGUCUUUUGUCUGAGGAUCGACAGGAAAGGUCAGAACAGAAGAAGGCUCUCAAUGACAGAAGCCAGAUCUUAAAGAUCCUGAAUUUCGAUAACACCCCAGACACAUGGGAUAGCACUGCACAGUCACCCAUCGCAACCUGGGCAACGACGUACCAGAACAUUCGUCAGCACAAUGUGGAAGGAACGGGUCAAUGGCUCCUUGCUGAUAAAUCUUUCCAAACUUGGAUGAGCCCAAUGACCGAUACGCCCGUCCUUGCACUUGUUGGCCCAGAAGCUGCGGGCAAAAGCUAUCUGGCUUCAACGGUUAUCAACCACCUGCGUACACAGGUGACCGCACAAGUGGAAACUUCCCGUCGUCUAGUGGGAUUCUACUUUCUGGAUGAAAGAAAAGCCAACGCAGGAAUUGAUGUCCUUGGAAAGUCGAUCAUCUGGCAGUUCGCCGAUGGCGAUGCAUCGUAUAUGCAGUCGGCUGCCGCUACAUGUCGGAAGGCUGGAACCAUUGAUCCCACGAGGAUAAUGCCCCGGUUGCUUCUUGAAAACCACGAUGAGCUGGCAGGCGUCGAUGUGACCUUUUUCAUCGUCAUCAACAAGCUCGGUGACAAGAAAGGGCAUGUUCACCCGGCAGUCGUGAAGUUUCUCCAACAGGCUGGUCGUUGUCAACGGCGCGCAGUUCGUGUAUUGUUCACGACAACACAAGAUACUAUCGAUCGGCUUGAGCGAGACCAAUUCACAUGCCCUGCUAUCCAGAUUCAAAAGCGGAACGCAGACGAUGCCAUGAAAUACAUCGACGCUCGGAUGGAUAGGAUUGAUUCACUCUCCGACACCAGGCAGGACGGCAUCGUUGAACUCCGACGUGAAAUUCAAGACCGACUGUACAAGGCAACUAAGGGAAAUUACUACAUGAUGGAUAAAACUCUCACUAAGAUCAGCUCCUUGGAUUAUGACAAAGACAUCAAACUUGCUCUUGAUGGGGCAGACAGAAGUCUCGAGGAUCAUAUCGUUGACGAUGUGCGCAGACUCAAUGAGACCCUCUCAGCCAAAGAGAUCGACGAGAUUAACAAGAUCAUUCUUUGGACUAGCUUCGCACAAGAGCAAGUGACAGUCGACAUCAUGUCAGCGGUGCUGCGUUUCAAGAAUGACGCAGUCUCCCUUACUCCACUAGGCGAACGUCUCAAGAAGAAGUUCCUCCUCUUCGAGAUUGACAAUUAUGGAAAUGUCGCAUUUCGCUCGGAGAAGAUUCUGGCUGCCAUUCCAGAGCGAGCUGCUGUAGUCAAAGAGCGCCAAAAAGAGGACCCGACUGUCAACGAAGGCGAGGUUGAGAUUCUUCGCCAUUUCCUCAAGUCCGUAUGUCCCCCUGGACUGGCGGAGAAGCUCGAGAUGGAGCAGCAUUUCCAGCAAAAAUUGAGCGCCCGGCAGCACCAGAUCUACCGCGAGGAUGAGAACAAUGCCCAUUUUCAACUUGCCAAGGUCUGUCUUCAUGCCCUGGCUAACAAGGCCGGCGAGAAGCUGAGGCCUCUACGCGGAUACGCUUCCCGGCAGCUUGUUUACCAUAUGUCCCAAGUGGACCUGGCAGAAAUCGACCCUGAGCUGAAAGGUCAAAUUGGACCUGACUUGGUCAAUCUUUUCCGCGAUCAAGACUCCAUUGAUAAUCUUCUCUGGGCAACCAAGGCCGUCCCUACCUUCCCAGACUGGCUACUUGAAAGGAGUCAGAUGGCUAAGAUUUGCGGUUGGCUGAGCAGAGAGAGAAUUGUCGCCAACGUCAACGAUGAAGGAAAGAAAUGGCUUGCUAGUUUGUUUGGAACAACUGAAGGUCACCAAUUUGCAACGAUUAUCGUGCCUUGUGUUCGCCGAAUGGCGGAAUUGUGUCUCAAGCAAGAGUCAAGUGCCUUGGUUACUGUGACGGCAUUUGAUUGCCUAGACCACUACUUUGUGAAGAUGGGGGCAUUUAGCGAAGCUGGUACGGAGCAUAGUCCAUCUCCAACCCCAACCCACGUUUCCGUGGUUGAGGACCUGAUCAGAUCGGAAAACCUUGCCUCGAAUCCGGACCCACUGUGGGAAACUCAGAUGGGUUAUGUCUAUGAUGGUUUCUCCCUAUUUUCGAAGGCUGAGGAGAGAUGCCGCAAUGCGCUCAGGGAUGCCCCCAAGGGUGCCAAUGCUCCUUGGCGGCCAUCGCUCCUUCUGGCCAAGGUUACGCAAUCAGACACAGAAGCAAUUGAUAUUUUGAAGAAUCUGAUAGAGCGCUAUGAGCAUGACUCUGCCUGGAUGGCGUUACACAAGAAACCAUUCGCCGAAAUGUGCUUUAUUCUCGCAAACCGUUAUUGGGAUGCAGGCCUGUCCGAAAACUCUGGACAGAGAUAUUUCCAGUGCCUUCAACACGACCCUACCAAUAGAGAAUUCUUCGCGAUGAUUCUGACAAAGUAUCAUGAAGCAGAGAGAUGGGAGGAUAUUGUUGGUUUCUUUGAGCAACUGCGUUCCCAGUCUCAACUUGCCCCCAUGGCACUUAGCCUGGCUGACGAUGAAAGAUUCCAUGAGAUCAUUGUGCUUGCCGCAAUCAACACAAAGAAGUAUUACAUCUUUGAUCAGAUUUACCUCGAGGCAAUUGCCAUGGCUAGGAAGAGCAGAGAUCACAAUGCUGCAUUCUAUCUCCGUGAGUCCUACGCAGACGCCCUCGCCGUGCUCCCCGAGCUUCCACUGGAGAAGGUCACAGAAUUGUUGGAAACGGCCGCAAUGAAUGACAUUCCAAAAACAACCUUGAACCCAACAGUCGCCUUCUUCCUCAUCGGAUACAGAUUAGGAAGAAUCUAUCUCGACAAAGCGAUUGAGGCCAAGAACGCCGGAAGACCCGAGAAGGCCAUCAAAACCCUGAGGAUGAUGCAAAAGGUCGUUCCCGAACAAGUCAACGAGGACCAAAUGCGUCUUCCUCUGCGUCUGUUCUCCGCCAGAUACUAUAAGCAGCAAGAAGACCUGGACUCAGCCUGGAAAAUGGCACACAACACUCUGCAGAUGGCCAUUGAGCUUCUGUCAGAUGACGAUGACAGCAAUGAUACCCUGGCCUACAUCAAGAUCCUGCACGCUGCUAUUCCCUUCGGCGAUGAGAAGAAUGCUCGUGCGGCUCUUGCCUUGACGAAGGUCUGCGAGGGUGACCGAUUCUCCCUGAAGUGCAGCUGCAAGUGUGGUACGCAAUGGACUUCGCCGGGUAAUAUGUGGUGGUGUAUGGACUGCAUCAACAUGGUCUUGACGCCUGACUGCUACAAGAAGGUCAAGAGUGGUGAGUUUUUCAACAAUAUUUGCCACAAGAAUCAUCAGCAUUUCUUCCUGCCUAGUUUGGAGGACUCGAGAUUGAAGAAUUUGCCUAAGAAGCAUGUGCCGUGGGGAGAAGAAGAUAUUCCGCUUGACAGUUGGAAGAAAGAAAUCAUCAAGACCUAUCACCUGGUACAGAAACAUAGGUGA